UUCACAUCUUCAAAGGCUAAUGGUCACCCAGCCUUCAAGAUGCCUAGGGGGAACCAGCCACCGCAGGAUCUCGACGCCACCACAGAAGGCAGCCAUUCACUCCAACACCCCCCAAAAUGCAACAAUCCAAGGCAGACCCCAGAGCACACCCCCGCAGUGACCGAACAGAAGGGGGCCACACCCCGAGGCAGAGGCCGGGUGGGGUCCGCGCGUCGGCUGACCUCCCAGUCCAAGCUCUCCUCUGCCCAGGGUUCGCGCACACGCGGCCCUCCUGCAGGCCAGCGGAUCCCAGAGCGACCCAACCCCACGGACCCACGCAAGGGCAAGGGAACAGCCUCGGGGCGGCGUGACAAUCGGCAGCGAACGACUUUCACCACGAAGCCCGAAACCUCCACGCCGAAGCCCCCCACCCCCGAGCACCCCAGCAUGGCCCGUGGCGGCAGUCAGAACUGGAGCUCAGGGGAGUCGGACGGCCAGCCAGAGGAGCAGACUUCAGAGGAGAACGGAGACAAGAUGGUGAAGGAGACCCAGUACUAUGACAUCCUGGGGGUGAAGCCCAGCGCGUCCCCGGAGGAGAUCAAGAAGGCCUAUCGGAAGCUGGCGCUCAAGUACCACCCGGACAAGAACCCGGAUGAGGGCGAGAAGUUUAAGCUUAUAUCCCAGGCAUAUGAAGUCCUUUCAGAUCCUAAGAAAAGAGACAUCUAUGACCAAGGUGGAGAACAGGCAAUUAAAGAAGGGGGAUCGGGCAGCCCCAGCUUCUCUUCACCCAUGGAUAUCUUUGAUAUGUUCUUUGGUGGUGGAGGACGGAUGACUAGAGAGAGAAGAGGCAAGAAUGUUGUCCACCAGCUGUCAGUAACUCUGGAAGACUUAUAUAAUGGAAUCACUAAGAAACUGGCCCUCCAGAAAAAUGUAAUUUGUGAGAAAUGUGAAGGCAUCGGUGGGAAAAAGGGGUCUGUGGAGAAGUGCCCCCUGUGCAAGGGGCGGGGGAUGCAGGUCCACAUCCAGCAGAUUGGGCCGGGCAUGGUACAGCAGAUUCAGACUGUGUGCAUCGAGUGCAAGGGCCAGGGCGAGCGCAUCAACCCCAAGGACCGCUGUGAGAACUGCAGCGGUGCCAAGGUUACCCGAGAGAAGAAGAUUAUCGAGGUGCACGUGGAGAAAGGUAUGAAGGAUGGGCAAAAGAUACUGUUUCAUGGAGAAGGAGAUCAGGAGCCUGAGCUGGACCCUGGCGAUGUGAUAAUUGUGCUUGAUCAGAAGGAUCAUAGUGUCUUUCAGAGACGAGGCCAGGAUCUGAUCAUGAAAAUGAAAAUUCAGCUCUCUGAAGCUCUUUGUGGCUUCAAGAAGACAAUAAAAACGCUGGAUGAUCGAGUCCUUGUCAUUUCAUCUAAGUCAGGUGAGGUGAUAAAGCAUGGGGACCUGAAGUGUAUCCGCAACGAGGGAAUGCCCAUCUACAAAGCCCCUCUGGAGAAGGGGAUGAUGAUCAUACAGUUUUUAGUAGUCUUCCCUGAAAAACAGUGGCUCUCUCAGGAGAGGCUUCCUCAGCUGGAGGCCCUGCUUCCCCCUCGGCAGAAGGUGAGGAUCACAGAUGACAUGGAUCAGGUGGAGUUGAAGGAGUUCAAUCCCAACGAGCAGAGCUGGCGCCAGCACAGGGAGGCCUAUGAGGAAGAUGAUGAAGGACCCCGAGCUGGCGUGCAGUGCCAGACGGCAUGAUGGUGCGGUGUGGCCUGGCCUGGUUGGACUCUAGUACAUGAUGAAUGUAAACUUGGCACAAUGAAAAUGGCAUCGCUUUAAUAGCCUCACGUUUGGGGUGUCCCGUGUAUGUGUUCAGCAGUCUCCACUGCUGAGUAUCUCUUGGGUUUUCUUGUUUCUCUUCUAGUUGUAACUUAAGUUAUAGCUUGAUUUAUAUUUAAAUGUUAUAAGUUCAAUCCCCUCUAGUCUGCAUAUGGAAUCUGUUUCAUUUGUACUUUCAGGACUUAUUUUGGAGAUGCCAGUACCACACUGACCUUUUGUGCUUCUUAGUGGCUUCGCCAUGGUUCAUUCCCACAGUAGGCCCAGAGGACCACUCUUGGCCCCUAACAAAGGCCCAGAAGGUGGGUGUCUGGCCCAUCUCUAGUCUGUGGUUUUUCUCCCCUUCCUCCCUUGGCAGAGUCACCAAGGGUAUGAGCUCAGGUCUGCUAGUAACAUUUCUGAAUCUAGACUCUAGAACUCUUAGAUAGAAAAAGCCCACAUAUGGCUUGCAGUAGGCCCAGCAUGCCUGGUUCAUACUGAGUAGGCUGGACUCAAAAGCUGCAGAGACAGUCUAGGUCAUACUGUUCUUUCCCCUUGACUGGUUAGAAAGGGGGUUGUUUGAACAUCUCUUUUGGAAGUUUCCUGAACUUCCCAAGCCUUGUGAUGACAAGCCCAUUUUAAAUGAUAAGCCAAUAAAGCCAUUUGCCUGUAACCCCAUACCUUGUUCUUUGUGCUCUUAAUGAUCAUCUACUGACGACCUUUGCAGUGUUGUCCCACCAAAGUGCUUUCUUUCCCUAAGGAAAGCUAAGCCCUUCAUAUGUAUCCCUGGCAGCCCUGACCAGCUGCAGAAACAACCAAAGGGGAGUGCUGGUGGCUUAGUUCCCAGCACACCAGCUUAACGUCUUAAGGGUGUGCAAUGGCGCAGACCCCUCAGUAUUUCCUCCUUCCUAAAGGCCCGUUGUUCUCACUGUACAGCCAUACUGCAAAGGGCUUUCUGCUUGUGAAGUGUGGUGAGAACUGGCCCAACCAGGUUCUAGUUGGCUGGCAAUGACAGCUGCUUGGGAACACGUUCUAGUUUUCUAGUUACUACUUUAUUCCUGGCAAGUAGACUGCACUUUAAAUAAAGGCUACCUCAGCCUCUAGCCGUAACCACUCCCUUCUUUUCUACAAAUGAAGUUAAAUACCCUGCUUUUUAAGCUGCUGGGAUAAACCUGUCAAAUCCACCCUUACUUGGUUUUUAUGGUACCAGACUUUGACACAGACCAGGAACCUCUCCUGGGGGCGGUCAAAGGGCAAAUGAGACCUAUGGCUGGUCAGGUAAGCCAGCUGGCAGGAGCAGGCUCCUGUGUGACACUGCUGGCUAGCGACGCAUGCGUUUCCAAGUACAGUGCUCGCUUUGACCGCAGGCCAUGACAGACUUAAAACUGCUCCUCCAGUCAAUAAAUGGACCACAACUCCAGGGUGGUGUUUCUGUGCUGUGACUUACAAAUAAAUCAUGGUUGGAGAGCUACUACUUAGCUUGUGUAGGACAAAACUAGACUCAGCUCUUUGUUAUGAAUCUACAGGGUGUUGCUUAACUGUCCCACCUGUACACUUUCCACUUUAAAAUUAAAAUUGAACUGGUAUGAGA